CAUCAGUCAUGGCCAGGAUCAAACCUCUAUUUAUUACUGUUAGUUUAGUUUAUUUAAUGUCUGUGUUUGUACAAUGUCUUGAUGUACAUGAGAUUCAGAGUAUGUCCCAUAAAUUGGAUCAAAUGUUGUUGGGGGAAAAAAAUGAACGACCUUCGAGUGAAUCGGGAUGGAGUAGCGAAAUACAGAAGGCGUAUGAUUUUGGAUCGAAGGAAGGGUAUCGAGAAGCGUUAUCAAUAGUCAACAUCACCAACAAAAUUAACGAGUACCUAUUCAGCGAAGCGAAUCACUACAAAUUCUUUACGAGAAACGGGAUAUCUUACCUGGCCGCAUCAACUCCCUUGAUGUUCGUCCUCAAUGUUUUGGACAAUGAGAUCUUUAACGUAACGAAGCAACAUUGGAUCCUCCUUUCCGGAAAAAUCCUCACGUUCGAAGUGUUCACUUCACUCAAUGGAACUUCACCAGCAGGAAGAGACGAUGAAUCAGACAUCAUUGUCGUGCUCUCGGUUGAGUUGGCUCAUGACACCCACCAGCUCAUUUGGUACAUCUUAUCUGGAGAAAACUUCCAGAAAUUUUGGUUCUGGCCCAUCCAGGUGCGGGUGGGGCGAUUGCUCCACUUCCGGUAUAACGACGAUAACAGACUGAUUACUAUGGCCCAAACGAGUAAUCUGUCAGGGAGCAAUUAUUCCUACGUCGAUAUAUGGGGAUUCAGUAUCAAUGGGAAUCUCUCUAAUUUUUGGUUGAGCCAACGAUUACCAGGCUCUGAUGUUAUCGACGUGAAGACAUGUCCAGCCUACAACGGAAUCAUGGUCGCUGUCCACCUGCAUGACAACAUCUCCAUAUACGACUACACGAAUGAGAAUUCCAAGGAGGCCUAUUUCGAGGCAUCACCCAGCGAGAAAUCAGUCGGCCUGAAAAACUUUGCAUGCUUCCAAAGCGGACACAUUCUGUACCUGGGGACGUCUGGGCCCAACGGGGCGAUCCUCGAUUAUUUCGAAGGGAAGUUCCAAUUCCAUUUGGCUAUCAGAGAAAUCCUCAACGAGGAGAUCGUUUGGAUCGAGACAAUCCCGGUGGACACAUACAGAGACGAAGUCCUAGUGCUUGUCCAGUUGAAGAAUAACUCGAUCGCUGGCCUCGUCUGGCAGGACAACACCUUCGAGAGGAUUUCGCUACCACCUUUUGACACGACCGAUCUGCAUUUGUCGCGGAUAACUGUCAUACCGAAAGUUGGAUUUGUAUAUAACAACAGAAUCGUGAUAAUUCGAACAAAAUUGGAGGAGUUAACACCAGCAGUCUACAAGGAGACGGAGCACAUGUUCCGGAUGAAGGAUGAGUUAGCAGAAAUCCUGAGAAAGCAAAACCUAGUUUUCGAGGGCACCGAAACCCGCCUGAAGGACAGCUACCUGACGACAUCUGUCAUCACAGCCCACUGGCAAAUAACCCACUUGAAGUCAAAAUACGCGGUAGUCGAGAAAGGUCUCCCCUACCAGAUGAUAUCCUUGGGCCAAAGCGACCUCACUCAAGCCGACUUCGAAUCCAACCUCAUCGAAACCAGGAUCGCAAUGCAAGAACUCCACCGACAACUGGAUCUCCUCCACUCCAACAUGAACAAAGCCCUGUCCGUGAACUCCACACAAGUCGAGUUCCCCGGGUACCUCCACAUCCUGGGGGACCUGACCGUCAACAAGCUGACUGUCGACAACAUCUCCUUCGGAACUGCCAACAACUCAUCAAUUGCCGAAAUGUUCAGCAAGCUGUUCGCCUAUGACAGCAACAUGAUCAUCUCCGGACAGAAGACCUUCCCCGCCAUCAACGCCACGACCUUGAACGUAAACUUCAUCAACGGAAUCCCUAUUGACGACAUCAUCUUCGAUAAAGACCAAAUCUCAUACGACCUGAUUGACUUUCCAAAUCUGAGGAAACUAGUCAUCAUCGGAGAUUUGAAUUUCACGUACAUCAAUGACCAGAACUGGAAUACAUUGAUCCGCAAUGUAGUAUCAAAAAGCAAAGCAGUGAGGAUUCCCGGUGAAACCAUCAUCAAUGGCCACGUGUCAGCCAUUUACGUACACAUCAGCCACUUAAACCGUCUGAAAUAUCCAAAAGACUACGUAUUAAAGAGCAGUACAGACGCCAUUGCGAUGCCCUCCAACAAGAAAUUCAAGACCCUGACCACCGGAAGUCUCAGUAAUCUGCUGACGAUCAACGAAUCUCCAGUGGAAGAGUUCAUCCUGCUACACGGAAAUCAGAAUCUCUUGAAAAAGAUGACCUUCGAGAAUCUGGAGAUCAUGGGAAGUCUUCAGAUAGACGCGAACAUAACGGGAGGGCCAGAGAUACAAAAGUCGACGGUUCUGAUCAACGAAACUAGAAGACUCAUGUCCCCCGCGAUCUUCGCCAAGCUCAAGGUCGAGAGGAACAUCCAGGUCAAUGAGGAGAUUAACCAGAAAACCUGGCCGAUGCUCCACGAUUUGGUGAAGAAGAACGAGAAGCGCGUGGAGAUCACGGGGAAGAAGACGUUUCAGGGUCACGUGACGAUCAAACCGGAUGUUUACAUUACUAAUGGCAAGAUCAAUGGUCAUCGUCUUGAUGAAUUCGUAACAACAGACACCAGCCAAGACCUUCCUAAUUUGGAAAGGAUCGACGCAAACGUGACCUUUGGGAAAUUGACUCGAGGAGAUCUGACUCGUCUGGGGACGAUCUUCUCCGAAUGUAUCAUGAAAGUCAUGACCUUUAAAGUUCCUCCGAUCGUCGUCCAACUCACGAUGGAGAAGCUCCAGGGAAACGUGUCGGUAGAGGACUUCAUGACGCGUCUGAACAAGACCUCGGGCAUUGUUUACGAGAGGAUGGUGACGCAAGAGUUACACGUUUCUCGGCUGUCACCGGAGAACAUCAAUGGAAUGAAGCGUGAAGACUUCAUGUCGCGGUUGAUAUCGAAGACGAAGCGUCAGCAGUUGUUGGGGAACUUCGAGAUUGAUAAUCUAGACGCUGGGAUGCUGCACGCGGAGAGAGUGGACGGAAGGUCGGUGGUCGAUCUUGAGAGCGAGAGGAAGACUCUCGAUGAUUUGUAUGACACGAUCGUUAGUGGAGGUGUUCCUAUUGAUAACCUGAUGGUUACUGGGGUCAUCAGCAGUGAGAGGGUGAAUGAUCGUAAGUUGCAGGACAUCUAUGAUCCUCAGAAGAUGGGAGUUGUUGUUCUUCACGGCAACGUAAGCAUCUCUGAGUUGAGGGUGAAGGGCCUUUUCAACGGACGACAUUUCUCGGAGAUCGUUGAUGAUGCUGUCCUGAAGACAGACAGAAACAUCUCCGUCAAAGGUCUGAAGACGAUGACUGCGAUCGUCUGUGAGGGGUUGACUGUUGCUUCGUGGAAUCAACACCCUGUGGAGACUUUCCUCAAUCCUAAUGAUCACCAGGUGUUGACUGGUCCUGUUGUCGUCAAGGGUAUGACAACAGUCGAAAAGACAUUCGAUAGUAGUAAGACUAUCGGAAAUGUAACGCUUGACGACAUCAAGCGGCGAUUCGUUUCCGUCUCAGACAAGAAAUUCAUUCUGAACGGAAACUUCAAAUUUCCCAAAGACGUUGACAUCCAGAACCUUCUCAUCAAUGGGUCCAUCCAGAGCAUCGACUUCAGCAAUCUUCCAGCCCUGUUCGUCUUCCUGGAUAGUGAGAGCACCUCGAUAACAGGCUCCAAACGGCUGAAGGACUCCGUAAAGUUGAACAACUUGACGAUCACUCAUCGCUUGAAUGAGAAUGAUCUCCAGGAGUUCUACCAGAACGUUGUCAUUCUGGACGGACAAUUUCCGGUCAAAGGGAGGGUGAUAGCUUCGGGAGAGGUGAUCAUCAAAGGGGAUAUAAUCGUAAAGGGGAAGAUCGACGUCAAGACAAUGAUGGGGGUGGAUGUCACCGAUUUGGUGGAGAGCGCUGUUUACCUGAAUCAACCUGUUCACAUACCGGGAACGACGAUCUUCAAGGAUAUUGUCUUCGCUUCCAACAUAAAGGUUGAGAGACUGAAUGAUCUUCAAAUGGACAAACUACUCCCGCUUCAUAAAGACAAAGUGAUCGACACGCUCCAUUGCGAGAACAUCUCGGCUGAUGCCAUUAGAAUCGAGGGAACCGUCAACAACGAAAAGCUGGAGAAGAUUUAUGCAGACAGCUUUCAGCUAACUGGCCUCCAGAACGUGACCGGGAACUUCACUUUCCUGGGGGAUGUCAACAUCCGUCGGGACCUCGAUGCCCCUUUGAUCAACGGGAUGGACCCCCUUAGGUUCGAGAGCCUAGAGGACAACGGAACCUUCGCGGGCGACUUAGUUUUCAAGAAUGAUGUGGUUUUGAACGGAAGCCUGAGGGUUCUAGGGGUCUACAACGGGAUCAACCCGUUGACUUGGCAGGCCUUGGCCGUCACCACUCGGUUCCCGAUGACGCAGAUCAUCUCCGGUGUUUGGACGGUUGAUGGGAACGUCCGUCUGAAAGGACCCGUUGCAGAAUCUGGACUUCUGAAUGGAACCAACGUCCGGAAAUUGGUUGACAGCCUGCGGAAGAAGAAUACUCUGCUAGACGCCGUCGUUAGCAACAAGGAGAAGGAUCUCCAGAGCAUCUGCAAAGACCUCGAGCUCCUGAAGGACUCCGCGAAUGAUCAGAUCUAUCGGCUGAAGUUCUUUGAUUAUGCCCAAGUCCUGGAGUUUGACAGGGAUAUCGUCAGCGCUCACUACUUCGAGGCUGAUGAUUCCGAUUGUCUCUUCGUUAGUCUCGAGAACUGUAUGAUGAUGGGGUUCGUCUUCGAAGGAAAUGAGUUUGUGAGGGGACCGGCCAUUCCGGACUUCGGGGUCAUUGAGAAGUGGAUCAGUCUUGAUUAUCGGGGGGCUAGGUAUUUUGUUACGAUUGGUAGGAGGGGGUGUGGUAAGAGCCCAGGGAAUCUGUGGAAAUUGACUGAUAAGGAGAUGGUACAUGUGAUGGAUCUUGGGGGCGUCAGGGAUGGCAGGAAGAUUAGUGAUUAUGAGUUUGUGGUUUUGGUUGGGAAUAGGGUUCUCCUUUAUUCGGUUGAGGGUGUUCAGGGGGGCUCUGGGGAUCCUAAAAGUUCACACUUGGUGAAGAGUGAGGAUGUCAAGCUCGUGGGGAAUGGUGAGGGUAAAGAAGUGAUGCUUCUCGAUGAGGAGUUCGCUCUUCAUUUGGACUUGGCUUCUGGUGCUGUUAGGACGACAGAUAAUCCUUUCGGAACUAAAAAUGUUUCGAGUUAUCGGUUUGGGGCCUUCGGGAAAGAAAAAUUUGUUUAUUAUGAUGAGGCGAUCUCUGAAGAUUACAUAUUCAUAGCGGACUAUGAAGAUCCGUCUGGCAUUAGUCAAGCGGUUAGAGCUUACAGACCGUCUUCGAUAAGUGUGAUGAGUUUUGGUGAUGGGGUGGAGGAUUUUUUGAUGUACGUUGAAGGAAGUUGUCGGAUCAAUGUUCAUGAGUACAAGGGGGUUGAGGGGUUCGUCUAUCGAGAAACUUUGCAUAUCGAUGCUGACAAGUUGCUGACGAUUAGAUUGAGGCGGGAUCCUCUUUUUGGGAAAGUUAGUUGUCUAGGGGUGAUUGCUCGGAAUACGUUGAAGAUACUCGAGGGGAUGAUGUAUGGGCAGAGGAUUGAUGGAGAGACUCUUACGUGUGAGAAGUAAUUGCAGUCUUCCUUUAAAUUCAUAUUUGCGGAAAUGUCUCGUGAUGUAAUUUUUUUCUGGAUGUUUAGGCUUGCAUGGUGCUUUACGAAAUAUGUCCAAAUGGAAACUUAGUAAAUUCGAGGUUUAUUCACUUAUUCGAAACUUACCUUGAUGUUGACUGAUCCGAUUUUAACACUUCAUCUCUGAAUUAGAUUAUUUAUGGGAAAUAAAUUAAUUAUCAACAGGUG